AUGGAUGGAAGUGAUGUUGAAAAUCAAACAGAAGUGAAAUACUUUGUUCUUUUAGGACUCUCAGAUGACCCUGAGUUAAAGCCUAUCCUCUUUGUAGUAUUCUUCUUCAUUUACAUGGCCACCAUGAUGGGUAAUCUGGGCAUGAUAAUAUUGAUCACAAUAGAUUCUAGACUCCACACCCCAAUGUACUUCUUGCUCAGUAGCCUUUCCUUUGUGGAUGGCUGCUACUCUUCUGCUGUCACUCCCAAGAUGCUGGUGAACCUCUUGGCUGACAACAAGGUUAUCUCUAAAAAUGGCUGUGCUGCUCAGUUUUACUUUUUUGGAUCAUUUUUAGGUACUGAGUGUUUCCUCUUGGCUGUGAUGGCAUAUGAUCGCUAUGUGGCCAUCUGCUAUCCACUUUUAUAUUCAGUCAUCAUGUCUGAAAAAGUUUGCAUUAUGUUGGUAGCCACCACAUUCCUUGCUGGCUUUGGUAAUGCAGCUGUCCAUACAGGGAUGACUUUCAAGCUGUCUUUUUGUGCCUCUAAUAAGAUCAACCAUUUCUACUGUGAUACACCACCCCUCCUAAAACUCUCUUGUUCUGACACUCAGAUCAAUGGAAUUGUCAUUAUGGCUUUCUCGAGUUUCAAUGUCAUCAGUUGUGUGCUCAUGGUACUCAUCUCUUAUCUCUUCAUUCUUGUCACCAUCUUGAGGAUGCGAUCUGCUGAGGGCAGGAGCAAAGCUUUUUCCACCUGUGCCUCCCACCUCACAGCCGUAACCAUUUUCUUUGGGACUAUUCUCUUCAUGUAUUUACGUCCCACCUCCAGUUAUUCAAUGGAACAAGACAAAGUGGUGUCUGUGUUUUACACAGUGAUCAUCCCAAUGUUAAAUCCUCUUAUAUACAGCUUAAAAAAUAAGGAUGUGAAAGAUGCCCUGAAGAAGAUCUUGAAAAGACAUAGGAUUUAA